CCUUGUCUCGUUGAGCAGACUAUGUAUACUUUCAGUUUUAUUUCAUUGCGAAUCCAGUCUAUAUAUAUAUAUAAUUUAUGAUUGUACGUUCGCGCGUAAAUUGUAUGACUUUAGCUAUAAUUUACUUUUGUCACAUGUUGAUACUUAUGAACACAAAAUUUUUUAAAUUUAUCAGUCUGUAAAAAUAAUCAAUUAAAUAUCGAUAUGUGGUCAUCAGAUUUGGAUAGCAGUAUAAAUCCUCGAGGUGGAUUUUUGGAAGGUUUUAACAAAACAGAGGGAACAAGAGAGCGUAAAAAACAAACUAUUGUUCCUGUUAUGAUAGGAAAUUUAUUUUCUUUUUCUUCCACUGACGAACCGAAAUUAUGGGAGAUCCCGGUUCGUAUGUUUAUGGUUGUUGGAUUAAUACGUAAUGUUGAAGAGACAACAACAAAAAUAUCAUAUGAUAUUGAAGAUGAAACAGGUACUAUCACUGCGCUUAAGUGGUUAGAAAUGGAUAAAAAGACAUCAGAUACUACAAUGCAAAUAAAUACAUAUGUUCGCAUAGUUGGUUUUCUUAGAGAACAAACUGAUAAGCGACAUAUUUUAAUUUUACGAAUGUGGCCACUACAAACCUUAAAUGAAUUAACAAAUCAUAUUCUUGAAGUUACUUAUGUUACGCUGAAAGCUGAAAUGAUGGCAAAAGAUGUUACAACAUUAGAGAAAGAACAAGACAAUAAAAAUGAUCUAAAUGGAGAAGCUGCUUAUUAUGGAAUGUCAGAAGCACAAACUUUAGUUUAUAAAAUUAUUCAUGCACAAAAUGAUACUGAAUCUGGUAUUGAAAGAGAUAAAAUUAAAGAAAAAGUACCAAACUCACUUUCAGGGCAAGUAGAUGAAAUUUUAGAUUUUUUAUCUUCUGAAGGCCAUAUAUAUACAACAAGUUCAGAUGAUUAUUUUAAAACAACUUAAACAAUUAAUAUAAGUUACGAUCUUUUUCUAUUUAUCAUAAAUAUCAAGGUCUUUUGUUCAAUUUGUAACAUAUCAAAAAAAUAAAUAUACAACAGUAAUAGUAUAUAUGCUAUGUAAAUGCAUGUAAUUUUUUUUAAUUUUUCCAUAUAUGCAUCAAUCUCAGAAAGCAGUAUAAAUUUUUUCAUUUACUUUUACUUUUUGUAAUCUAAUAAAUGUUAAUGUGGAAACU